AAGCUGAUACUGUCAGAGGCAUCUGCAUCGCACUCCAGAUUCCACCCUGGUUAGAUUGGCUUACCUUUGAUCAAUUUCCGUACGCUGACGCGUAUCCCUGUCAUUACGACGCGGUUUCUGCCCCUCUACCCCGCACCGCCCUAUUUAAGCUUACUCUGCUUUCUCUCUCUCUCUGCUCCUUUUUUUUUUUUAAUUUCUUGUGCUAAAUCACUCUCUUCUUUUGGUUCCAGCGAAAUUAGAAGAAAAUCACAGCCAACAGAACUACUGGACGAUUCUUUUAUUCUGAAGCUUUGUUUUUUUUUUUUUUUUUUUUUUCUUUUUUUGCAUUUUUAUUUCCGCAAGAGAAGAUAAUAGUUUUUGUGGAAAACAGAGAGAAUAGCAGCACUAGAUGGCGUCAUCGGAAAACCUAGCGAGCAUCGAACCGUGGACGUUUCGUUCCAGCUUUGGUGAUUCCUGGAUCUCUGAAGCGGUCGCUCGCGAUACCGAAACUCUGACGAGAGCGCUGCAAAAGUCCAUCUCUAAUUCCUUCUCCAACACCGAGUCCCUGUCUCCCCUCCUCAGCCUCAUCAACUCUAAUACUUCACCUACGCCCAGUGCGUCAAACGUUUCGGGCUCCGACCUUGAAACCGCACCGAAACGCCAGCGAACUGCCAACCCUCCUCCCACUGGGAAAGUCUCUAAACGCAAGUCCCGCGCCUCAAAGCGCUCUCAAACUACCUUUAUAACAGCGGAUCCGGCCAAUUUCAGGCAGAUGGUGCAGCAGGUGACCGGAGUCAGAUUUGGUAAUGGACAGAUGUCUCUGAGUCCGAUUCUGAAGCCAGAACCUCAAAGACCGGGUAGCGGGUUGCCCAACGGUGUUGUGCCUGGAUGUCUGCCUACGCUAGACACGUCGGCGUUCUUGUUGGAUCACCAGCAGCCAUCUUCUGGAGCAGUUGUUGGGUCCAGAUUACUUCCGUUUCAGUCUUCUGUGAUUGCUGAGGGUGUAGUUUCCACUGGGGGUACCUUAGAUUGUGACACUUUUCCUAGCUUUCCCACUCUAGAGUCCUGGAAAGUUUAGGGUUUUAUUUUUUCUUUUCAAUUAUCUGUUGGAUGUUUUUUUGUCAGUACUUGUGUAGUUCAUAUGGGUGGAGCUGUUUGUAGUUUGGGAUGUUGCCUACUUUCUUUUUUCUACUGUAAUAUGGUAUAGUUUUUUUCCCCUAAUUUUGACUCCAUGAUGCUCUGGAUAACACAUACGAAAAUGGGGUUAAUUUAUUUUGCAAGUAAUGAUUUUCAUACUAGAAAGUUCAAAUAUCUUUGGGGAUGUAAAAAGAUAUCAAAGCGGGACAGAGUCAUCAAGUUGGUAUUUCUCUGUAUUAUUAUAUGGAUUUUAUCCUUUUCUU